AUGGUACCGGCUCCAACAAGAGUAACAAGUUGGUUCCUGCCAUUUAAACCAUUUCAAACACUUCUUUGGUGUGGAAUUCUAGCUUGUUUAUUAAUAGAAACAAUUGGAUUACUAAUGACUUACCAUUUCGGGAAUUCUGUGGAGAAUACAAAGAAGUCAUGGACUAAAAGUUUUCAUUUUGGUUUAGUAACGACUCUGAAAUUAUUUGUGUCACAAAGUUCCGGUAAAACUCUAAGCGCUACAUCCGUGCGAGUAAUACUAUUUUCCUGUUAUGUGAUCGAUAUUAUUAUCACUAGCAUCUACGGUGGAGGUCUAGCGUCUAUCUUAACACUGCCAACACUUGGUGAAGCUGCUGAUUCUGUGAAACGUUUAUAUGAACACGGACUGGUAUGGAGCGGUACAUCUGAUGACUGGACUUUUCCUUUAAGAACAGUAACUGAUCCAAUUUCGCAAGGUCUCUUACAUAAAUAUAAGUCGUAUAGCUUUGAAGAAAUGAAAAUUAAAGCCAAAACAGAAAAUAUGGGUUUCAUCUUGGAACGCUUGGAAUUUGGUCACUUCGCUAAUGGAUACUACAUUACUAAAGAGGCCUUAGAUCGUCUAAAAAUUAUGCACGAUGAUAUUUACUAUGAAUACACAACUUUUAUAGUACGACGCUUGUGGCCUUUUUUGAGUAAGUUUAAUAAUCUUAUUUCUACCUGGCGUUCAGCUGGUUUUGCCAAGUUUUGGGAGUGGAAGGCCUCAGCAACUUAUCUUAAUGAAAACGAACAGGAACAAAUACAGUCAUCAAAGAAUCCAACCUUAAAGUUAGGUCCCACUAAACUCGAUAUGGCAAAUUUUGCUGGCAUUCUGCUAAUAUGGAUUGUGGGUAUAUCAAUUAGUAUUGUUGUGUUUGUUAUAGAAUACUUUUAUGCUAAAGUCUACUAUAUUUAA